CUGUAGGAGAUGGCAACGCUCUCGUGAUUUUAAAUAGAGUUUCUUAAUUUGCGUCAGAAAUGUGACGUCAUUAAGGAUUAAACAUGAAUGAAUGAAUGAAUUUUCCUUUUUUUUUAUAUAAAUUAUUCUAUUUUACUUACCUUAUGAAAAUGACAUAACAAUUUUGGUCUCACACAUGGGGUUCCUCGUAUUUCUUCAGAGGUGCAGAGGAGAAAAUGAUGGAUGACAUCAGAUCUGGUGUAAAGUGGGUAGUACCUUGGUAUUCUUACAUUCUUUUUGGAAUCUGGUGGGCCAUACUUCAGCUAUGUCAGUGCCAAUGUCCCUUGGGAUCAACAUCUUUCGAGAAAGUUGCUGGAGCAUCCUUGAGAGGUGUUCGUCUAAAUCCUCUUUACAAGGGAACUCAAGGAGAACCCUCAGUUACCAAAGAAUGUUUGGCUCGUUGUCGUGCUUUAGGAGACUGCAACUCUUUGUUACUCAGUUAUACAGCACAGAACUGUAUGAAGACCACAGUAACAUCCGAAGGAAGGCGGAGUGACAUCGCUACUUCCUCACCACCCUCAUCGACCAGUUACUUCGAAAAAAUCUGUUUAUCAGCUCCUCGUUGCAACCGUUUGUGGACUUUCGAAAGAGUAAUCAACUACGAAAUCUCUGGAUUUGAUGAUCGAACAAUACCGGGUGUAGGUACCCGCUUGCAAUGUGAAGAACUCUGUCUGAGAGAGAAAGGAUUCAUUUGUCGAUCUGGAGAAUAUGACUAUGCCUUCCAACAAUGUCGGCUCAGCAGCGAGGACAGACGAUCCCAGCCUUCAUCUUUUCGACCAGCUUUUGGUGAUGUUGAUUAUUUUGAGAAUCAGUGCGUUCCAGAUGGCAGCAGUGGAUGUGAUUACGAAGAAAAACUAGACACUGAUAUCGAGCGUGUGGAUGCAGCCUUAACUGCUUCAAGCCAAGCUGAAUGCCAACAGUUGUGUGAUUCUACUCAAAACUUUUUAUGCCAUUCCUACAGCUUUAGACAAGGAAGCUCUACGUGCAAAUUAAGCAGCGAUGAUACAUAUAACAUGGGUUCUAGUGCUGCAAGGAGGAGAAUGGGAACAUCCUAUUAUCAAAGGUCAAAUUGUUUGGAUCUGAAAUUAACGUGCACAGACACUACAAUGCAGCUAGUACUCAAAACGAGGGAACCAUUUGACGGCCGGAUCUAUUCACAGAAGAAACCUUACUCUUGUCAAGUUUACGGCGAUAAGCAAACUGUCACCCGAUUCGUCAUGGAUGUCAAAGGACAAUGUGGAGUGGAACUAGAAAGUGAAGAUCAUUUGACAAACACUGUUGUCAUCCAGUAUCACCCUCUUAUUCAACAAAAAGGAGACAGAAUUAUCAAGUUGUAUUGCUCACUUUUCGAAGAGACAAAUAGGACAGUGACCAAAACGUUCAGAGUAGCUCAAGGACUGGAGCCUGUGGCGACAGCAGUUGUCAAUGCCACAGCCCCAACUCCAAAUAUCCGGCUUAGGAUAACAGAUGCUAAUGGCACAGAUAUUACAGGAACUAGAAUUGGCGAGCCCUUAUAUUUCCGCAUUGAAAUCGACGAAGACAGUGUUUUUGGAAUUUUUGCCAGAGAUAUGACAGCUCGAAAUGGAAGAGGUGACCUUCAAAUUACCCUUAUCGAUUCUAAUGGGUGCGCAACAGACCCUAGGAUCUUCCCGCCCUUCGAUAAAAUCCCUGGAACCAAAUCUCUACAAUCUAGAUUCCAGGCUUUCAAGUUCUCAGAGGAUCCAGUGGUUCGUUUCCAGGUUAAUGUCCAUUUCUGUCUGGAAGAAUGCAAUCCUGUAAUAUGCCCUGGUGGAACACAGUCAUGGGGAAAGAGAAGGAAGAGGGAAGAUACGGAAGAAAUUCCUAUUGUGCCAGAUUAUCCUCUGGAUGCAGUUAUUGUAGUGGAAGGAGCACUUUUCGGAAACAACAGUGGACCGACUGGUUCGCAAUACGUUGACGAACGAGGCAUAGACAUGUCUGACGAGUUAGUUUGUACAACAAAGACUGUCGUAGUUGUGUCUUCUUUGGGAGCAUUGUUCCUCCAGAUUGGACUUUUGGCUGCUUGCGCUACAUGCUUGCUGCUGACCAGAAAGGAAAAGCGGCCUCGGUAUUCUGAAGAUGCAGCUUCUACCAUCGCAGAGACAUUACCUCCUUUUGGAUCAGACUCACAUUCUCGGCUUCGAUGAUAGAUCGCUAAUAUUCCUGAAGAAAAUUCAACAGUUUUAAAACAAAUAACUACCUUUGGGUCUGCGUUUUUGAGACGGCCUUUAGACAAGUUCCUUCUCCUCCUCAAAGAGUGAAGUGUGCAAAGAAGACUGCCAACUGAAACUGUCAUCCAUAAACUUAGUUCCAUAACUGGGUAUGACUGUCAAAUUAUAGUUAUUGGAAUAGACAUCAGUAUUAGGUAGGCGUGAGUGAAACGACCAUUCUUCAUAUAAGGAAUGUGCUCGCAUUUUGGAGUUAAAAUACUUUAAACAAAUUCAAAUCUACUUAGCAAUAAUUGCAAAAUAUUAGGCUUAAAUAUUAGGCAAAAUAUUAGGCUUAAAGAUAUUAAGUAUGAAUGAUAUGCGCAUCAAAACAAUGCAUCAGUAAGUGUAAAAAUUUUACCAAUGUAUUAAUAAUAUAAUGUGUAUAAGGAAUUUUUAUGUAUUUAAAUGUUUAUCUGCAUAUGUCACACAGAACGCUUUAUUUACCAGUUGACAAUUGAAAGUUUAGAUUUUUACAUGCUGAAAAUUUAUUUUUUAAUUUUUAAAUUACAAAAUUAUCUUUAAAUCAUUGACACUACAUUUUCCGAGCUUGCAGAAUUAUAUUAUAAUAUUCAGAUUUACAUAUUUUAAUAUCCAAAGUUUCUUAAAAUAUGAGAAACAAUAUUUGUAGUAUUAAUUUGGUUCUACUUUAAUAUUCUAACAGUAUAUUAAUAUAAUACAUGUGUGAAAAAUUGCAAAAUAAAUUUCUGGAGCGGAAUUGUAGCUUUUUAAGUAUACUUUAUUUCAAAUGCUCUGGUAGAGUUUUGUCUAGUCAUUAAGUUGAAAAGAAGUGAAAAUAUAUAGCCAUUCGGAAAUUUAGAAGAGUUUAAAAAACCAGUAAUUUAAUAAAAUGUAGCCCCAUAAGACUAGAUCUAGUCAUAAAUUUAAGAAUUGAGAUAUUUGACUAGUAAAAACAUUCGUAUCUGAAACGAAAACAUUAUUCUAGACAAGAUGUAUUUUUUGCUAAUUUCGCAUGGAUACGUUUGUUUAUCUUAGACUAUGGUCCACAAAAAUAUGCAAAUUCAAACAUUAAAUUGGGACUAAACAAUUUUUUGAAUUUUGCUAAGACUUUAAAUUAUAAAUAGUUUAAAAUGGUAGCAUAUAGACGAAUUCAGCUUUGAGAAUUCUAGAAAGGAUUUCCAUCAGCUUAUGUUCAAAAUGCUGUUAAAAAUUAACCUGAUCUUAAAAGUAAUUUAAAAAAUCAUUAAGUUAUUUUUAGAAGUUAUUAUGAACCUUAAACUAAUGAUGCCAGUUUGAAGUGACCACAAGAAACGCUUUCAUUCUUCUUUAUGAAAAAAGUGUCUUUUAACGAAGCAAAACAAAACAAAAGGAUACAUAGUUCUCAAUUUUUUAUUGAAAAUUUAUGCAGACUGCGAAAAUCAUUGUUAAUUCCUUCAAUCAUGUGAGCGAAAUACAUCUUCUAUUUUACAUAACUUUGGAUUUAGACUGAUAUGUGCUGCGUGAACUAAUUAAGAAUAAUUGUAUCAGAUCGAUCUCGUGAUGUGCACCACAGAUUUCGUAAAAAUCAGUCUGAGCUUAAACUUUUUUUGUAAAUCGUUCCAAGCUGAUCUUAUAUGAAAUCUGUUGCCGAUCUAUGAAAACAGUUCUGAUGGAUGACUAAUUUUGAUAAAUUAUUUUCAGAUUUGUUGAUAUGUAUUCAGAAAUUUUAUUAUUAAUAAAUAUUUUAUAGCUAU